UAGUGUUGUCUACAGUGACGUUUACAGCACAAUGUAUAUAUUUACGACUGCGUCCAUCCUGUUUGGAGCUGCUUUAUUGGAAAUUCGAGGCCAGCCUGUGAAUUCACCCUCAGAUAAUAGUCCGAGAAUCAGAUGCGAUUAUACCUUCUUCAAAGAUGCUCAAGGUUGGUUCAAGCUCCACGCGAGACCUGCUACGUGGCAUGAUGCCCAAGCCGUCUGUCACAGUGAAGGAUCCAGUUUUUUAUAUCCCGCUAAUGAAGUCUUAAUGGAUACAGCAUUACACUUAAUGACAGAUGCCUCCAUUUCAACGAUACAUACAAGUAUGACGGUGAAACUGGAGAGUGUGACCCUUAAUGAAGAAGGGGUGUUCCUAAGGGCUGGGUUGAAUGAUUCGUUUCCCUUUAUCUGUAAAUAUAAGGUUGAAUCAUUAUUGCUCAAUGAAUGUGGAACUGUUGAUAAAGAUUAUCAGUUUUACAACGGUACUGCCCAUUGUUACAAACUCCACAAGAACAAAGCAAACUGGUUCAAAGCGGAAGCCGCCUGUAAAGCUGAAGGUGGUCAACUAGCAAUCAUCAACAGUCAAAAGGAAGCCGCAGUCAUUGUUGAUAUUUUUAAAAACAAUCCGGCUGAUCAAAUUCCUGGACAUUUUGAAUUUGGAAAGGGCGUUGCAUUCAUUGGAUUCAGGUCGCUGGAUGAGGGUCACAGUUGGACAACAAUUAACAAUGAAACCCUAAGCGAAGCCGGAUAUGCAGAAUUUUGUCCAGGUGAACCAAACAACGCGGCAGGAAACGAAUAUUGUGGAUCUGUGCGCAGAACUGGGAAACUAUUAGACGAUCCUUGUACGCGAGAGUUGCUGUUUAUAUGCGAGAAGAAGCCAGAAGAACAUGAUAAUUGAUGAUGAGAAUUAUGCUUACUAAUGAAAAAAGUGAUACAUUUACAAAUAUAAUAAAGAAUACUAUAUCGAGGGCUCCGAGGCAAAACCCAUUAAGAAAUAUUAGUUUUGAUACAAUUGAAAGUUAAAUUAUGAAACCAAUUAAAUAUGGCUUAAAAGAGAAAUGAAAGCGAACACUAAUUGAUUAUACUACAAAAUAUAUUUAUUGUUGUACUAUUACAUUUAUCAUAGUAAAAUAAAUGUUGUAAAAAUGUAUGAGGGUGUAAUAGACUUAUUGGGUUAUAGCAUGAACAAAAGACAUACAUAUAUAGAUUAGUUAUUGGGUUUAUUGGAGUUAACUAAAGUUAGAAACACUUAGGAAAAAGUAGUAAUAAAUGAAAGAUCCGAAAAAUAAUAAAAAUGUGUUCAUUAGAAAUACGAAUAUUACUACGUUAUUUAUUAAUUUACCGAAAUUGUUGUGCAAA